AACAGACUUGGCUAACCUUUGACCUUAAAAAGCUGAGAAUAUCUCAGGCUAGCUGAAUUAAAAGAUCAACAUGUUUCGUUCCAGAAGACGCUAUGGAGGUGGAGGCUACGGAAGAGGUGGUGGUAUGGGGAUCUUACUGAUGGGUAUGCAACUGUUCCAACUAUUCAACUUCAUCUCGAGAAGCAAUGACUAUUUCCCCGUUACCCUGGGUGUCCUCGCUCUGAACAUUGCAGCGUACCUACAGCCUGGAGUAAUCGCCUGGCCGUCUCUACAACAAGCAUGCAUCAGUGUACAAGGAGUGUGGUUUCAAAAACAGUGGAAACGAAUGCUAUUCUCCCCAUUCUUUCACUCGAGUGACUUCCAUCUUUACUACAACAUGGCGUCGUUCAUCUGGAAAGCUAUCUCCCUUGAAAAACACUUUGGAACUCCCUACUUUCUGUACAUGAUCUCUGUAUUCUCUAUGGGAACUGGUGCUCUGUAUUUGGGGAUCAACUACAUGCUUGCUGAGAUAUUCGAUCAGUGGUCGUACAUUCAGUCUUGUGCCGUUGGAUUUUCUGGCGUUGUAUUUGCCCUUAAGGUGGUCACCACACAUAUGCAGCCUGGAGGUGUAGCCAGGGUGAUGGGCAUACUCCCUGUACCGAUGAGACUGGCCUGCUGGAUUGAACUGAUACUCAUCUCUGUGCUGUUCCCAAACGUCUCGUUUGUUGGACAUCUAGCGGGUAUUUUGAUUGGAUUGGCAUUCGUAUCUGGACCAUUGAAGACGCUUAUGGAUAUUCCACUCUCAAUAGGUGCAGGUUAUCCUCGAACUGGGGGAGCUCAAACUGGUGGGAGAAGGACAUACACCUACAGAGCAGACUACUCAGGCCACCGAGAUGGUACACCUCGUCCAGAUGGUCCUGAUACUGAAGAGAGGGAGUUACAAGCAGCCAUUCGACGCAGUAUGGAGGAACAGGAGGCGACACCCACCAGACCCAACUCCACACCAAACACCAGUCAUUCAGAAAGCAGUGAGCUACAAGAAGCAAUUGAGAGAUCAAUGGCUGAUUCUGACUACCAUCCACCAGAUCAAGUCCCUCCAUACAAUCCCUACUACAACUCAAGUGAUGUUAGAACUGAUCCAGCAACGAGCUCUGAAGCUGUCAGGAGAAGACCUGUGGUUCCAGCUCAAGAUACAGACGAUUUAGACACUGUACGAUCUGCUAGAUUGAGACGAUUUGGCACCAACAGUUAGAGUUAACUAAUAAUACAUGAUCACCAACAGUUAUAAUUACCACAUACCCAUACAUUUUUUUUGUUUUGUGUCAGAUACCUCAUUUUGGUUCAUUGGAAUGUUGCAGACCAGUAGAAAGCUAUGAAUAACAUUUUUAUCAUGUGAUUGGUAAUUGAGAGAGAA